AUGGCCGAUCGAUCAACAGCCCCAAGCGCUGGAGAAAGUUCGAGAGAAACCGUGGCCAAAAAGAAGAUUAGUCUCAAGGACUACAAGACUCAGAAGACCAGUGGCGCUGUCGCAUCCCCCCUUGGCCUCGAAGCGGGUAGCCGAGGCGCAUCAAGCUCCACCAAGUCCGAGGAAAGACGACAAACUAUAUCUUCGGAACCCGUCAAGAAUAACGAGAUGACUAAAAUGCCUAGAAUGCCGCCGAAGUCACAUGCGCGUCUCUCUCCCGAAAGACCAGGCCAGAAAAGGCCAUCUGGGUCGGAAUUUGAAUUCACUAACCCCUCGGCGACUAAGAAAUCCGAAGCACAUCCUACAAAGAAACUGCGACUCUCUCCCGAGAAAGAGACACACCGAGAGCCCAGCCCUGCCAAAUCGCACUCCCCCAAGCUGCCCGCACUUCUUUCGCCUACCCUCCCACCGACAUCGGGUGGCCCCAGACUUCCGCGCUUACUAUCUCCUACCCUCCCCCCAGACAUCGAAAAGGAGUUGGCCCGCCUUGAGGACCGUUCACCGUCUCGCAAUAGUCGGGCAGGAAAAGGAUUGCCUGCCAAAGAACCCAGUACCCAUGAACAUACAAGAGACCACGCCCGUGCCGACCCACAAAAGACGCAGCUUCUUGCCAAACUGCGGUACGGAAGAUCGAAUCGAAAGCGUGUCGAAGCUCUUCUUAAAUUUUCUGGUAAAAGGAAAGCCCAUCUGUCAGAUUCACCGGUCAGCCAGGAUACCGAUCGUGAUGAUGUCUCCCAUCGCAGGAAGAAGGGAGGGGAUACUGGUUCGUCUCGUGGACACACAUUCGGGAAUCCGAAAAGCAAGAAGCAUGAGACUGAUGAAGCCCUUGGCCCUCAAGAUGGUCGCUCAAAGGAGCCAAAGACCUUCCCCGAAAAGCCUCGAACGCCGGUUCCUCAGCCACACUUGACCUCUCAUUCAAUCGCUCAUGACAAAACCAAAACAGCUUCCAUCACGCCGGUGAAAGACCUAAAACCUCCUACCUCUCGUCGAAACGAUCUCGGAGAGACCGAUGCCAAAACUCCCUCUUAUCCCGCCAACAAACGUCAUUCCGUUGAUCCCGGGUCAAUCAUGAAAGCUUCCCCGACACAGGCAGAUGGACGUACGCGCAAUGAGCGGCAGGUAUGGUGGGAUGAGUGGCAAAAGUUUGCGAGCAUCGGUCGUGAAUUGAAACAUGCCGCAGAGCGGCAUACCUCUAAAACCGGGACCUCGGCCACUGACGAAAAGCUAGCCGUUGUGACUGCAAUCGAAGCGUUGUUGUCCUUUAUUUUGGCAUUUGUAGCGAAUGACCAGGCCAAGGCUUCAUCACGCCAGGUCGGCGAUUCCUCAACAUGGCUGUCUAUUGUGCCAUACUGGCGUGUGGUCAGGAAGAACAGUGUACCCUAUCCGGCAUUGAACAGUCUCUGCUUGCUCCUUGGGGCUGUGUCCUUCACUGCCAUUCACACCCUCGACCUUGAACGCCUCGCGAUAAGCCCAGUUCCCGGAGAGCACACUCCGGUUCCCACGCCUGGGAGUGACGGAAACGCAGCCCUGUCGGAUGAGAACAGGAAAAGCAGGAAGGAAUUUUCAGAACUGAAGGCUCGUCUUCCUGAGUGCUACAGGGAUUCCCAGAGGCUAUGGAUAGAGGGCACCCGGGGUCUUUCUGAAGAUGUCCUUGGCCGUGAGUUCCCCACGAUCUGGUCCCAGCGAUCUCGAAAUUAUUCGGAGCGAGGCCGGUCAUCUUUGAAGGCUGGCGACUAUGCUGGAAGCUAUUUCCUACCACUUGGUGGCACCACCCCGCCCAUCGAAGUGGUUCGGUUUGGCUGGUCCCUGCUGAAGGAAUGGUGCUCGAAAGAACGAGUGGAAUGGAAUGGACGUCUUGGUCUCUAA